ACCCACACCCACACCCACACCCACACCCACACCCAUUUUGAUAUAUGGCAAUUAAUUCUGAUUGAUAAUUAACAUGUAAACGAGUUGUUUCGAUGUGGGUGUGGGGUGUGGGUGCGAAUGUGGCAGAUCAACAUCUCACAUCCAUACUCAUAUCUACGAUCACACACUCGCUCUCACACUCACACACCCACGCCCGUAUCGAUGCGUGUAGUCCAUCUGAAAUGUCUUUCGUUUUACAAAUAUGUUAUUUUUUUCUUUGUUUGUCAUCAUUUUGGUCUACUCUUCGUGUUGAGUAUUUUUCUGUUGUCAUAAGCAGUGCUUCCUAAGAAAGCGCGUGCUUGACAGAAAUUGAAAAAAAAAGCAAGGUAGAAAAAAGAAAACAUAAGCAGAGCUUUUAUUAUGCUGCACAAGUAACAAAAGAGUCCUUCGACAAACAAACAACGCAUCUCGCAUAUACACCCACACGCUCAAGUUGUAAAUUAUUAUUAUUGAAAUUUUCUUGAAAACGUGUAUUUUGAUUAUUGCAUUCUGGUAAGUAGUUUAUAAUGAUGAUUAGAAAAGAGAUUUUAGAGUUUUCUAAACGUUAUAAACAUAAUCAAUGUAUGACUGGAAUAUUAAUUACAACGUAUUGAGACAGAAAUGAAAUCGACAUCCAUGAUAGGCUUUUGUUAAUCUGAUCGUCUGAUGAUUAUAUUCUCAGUCAACGAUCUAUCCGAUUUACUUUCUUGCAUCCAUUGGACACAUGGGGGUGGGUGUGGGUGUGGGUGUGAGUAUGGGUUUAGGUGUGAGUGUCGGCUUAUUCAUUGCAUUAACCGGCACCCACGCCCACACCACGAGAAAACAAUUUUUUGGAUUGUAGAAUUUAUAAAUCACUUCGGCUUAUCUAUAAGCUCACAAGUUGAGACCUAAACAGACACAUUGGUGAAAACUUAGUAUAAAACGAAAUAUCGGUAGUUUUUUGGUUGAUUUUGUUUUGCGGGAUUUUGAAUUUUAGACUCAUAUGUUUCUAAAUUACUACUGACUGCUUUUAUCAUCUAGAAAAGUGUUAUUUUUCAAAACGAUCUUGAUUGAAAAAGUAAGUUUAUUUCAGGUUGCAAGAGAUGAAUCGAAAGAGCAUUUUUUUUAAACCUUCAAAAAUACAAGAUCUUUCUGCAAAGGUCUCUGGUCCUAUAUAUACCGUGUGUGCAAAAAUGUUUGCAACCUAGUUUGUUUUGCAAAUAUCUCUGCAUUGACAAAUAAUACAAUCUUCGUUCUUUCCCCAAAAGAUGCGCCCUAAGAAGCUCUACUAUCUCUAUAUUGACAUAUCUCUACCAACUGGUUCUGAUGGUUUUUCUACAAUUAAAAUAAAAAACAUCAAUAAAAAUGUGGAAACCUCGGAUUUAAAGCCGAGUGUUAUGUGUACUUCAAAAAGUAAAAACACAGAAGCAAUUUCUGUUUAAGUAUCUUUGCAAUAGGUGACUUAGCCUUCUUGUUUCUUAAUGUUUUAUAUACCAUUUUGUAGCUCGUGAAAUUCUCUAUCGAGUGGUGUAUAAUAGUUGGGGCUUUGUUUGAUUAUGAGAGGAAAAGUUUUUUACGAAAACCGGGAUAGGUCAAUGUUCGCAUAGAAAAGCAUAGGCAAUAAUGACUCUUUUUGCGAUAACUCAGCAAGGGCUCGACGAAUCAUUCUCAUCUUCGAACUCGAUCGAGAUAUUGAUGAGACCAAACUGUGCAGAAAAUUUCAUCGCGAUUGAACUCUCUUUUCGAAAGUUAUCAUGUAAACGGCAGGACACACUGACUGAUUCUAUAGUGUACUUACUUUUUAAGUACACAAAAAUGCUAUUUCUCACUAUAUUGAGCCUAGUAAAAAUGUUUGAAUCAUGGUUUGUUUUGCAUACAUCUUGGACUAGACAAACGAUAACAACUUGAUUUUUCCACAAAAGAUGCGUCAUGAAAAUCUCUACAAAGAGCUAUACGAACAAGUCUCUAUCGACAUACUACGAGAACUUCCCUAGCUGGCUGUUAUGACCUAUUUUAGAAAUACCACAUUAAGUUAUACAACAUCUUAUCUUCUUUCCUGAUGUGUAGUCUUUCGCUGUACAUAUAAAGAGAACCAAAUCCGGUUGGAUUUGUCUUUGUGCGCAGUAUUAAAGCAUAUUGUGAAGGUAGUCAACCACUAACCAGUUGUAAGUCAGAGGGAAGUUGAUCUUAUCGUGUGUUUACAAUCAACUUUAUUGUUGCGAGCGGGGGUAUAUAUAUACAUGGUUCGAAACAAAAGGAAUAUGCUAGAUGGUACUAUGAAGUCAAGAAUUCACAAGAGAGUACUAGAGAGUACUAGAGAGAACAUACAAGGUCAACAUAGAGGGAAACGAAUAUGCUGGAACAUACUGGAAGAGAGAACACAUAUAUAUUCACGAAUGACAACAGAAAAAAAGAAGAUAUUGAUGGAAUAUAUGUAUAUGAUGACAUCACAAUAAUGACAGGACGAAAAAGAUAAUACUUGAGAGAUGAUGACUCCUAGCAAUAUUUUCAAUCAAACAAGAACAACAACUAAUGAAAUUUUUCAGACACUUCUAUUUUUGUCAGUAUGGUAGGACAUAGUAACAUUGUGGGCAUCUUCACUGUUAACUAUCUAGGAAAACCCUUGUAGUAUGUCGAUAUAGACUUGUUCCUACAGUUCUUUGUAGAGAUUUUCAGGACGCAUCUUUUGUGGAAAAGUCAAGUUGUUAUCGUUUGUCUAGCCCGAGAUGUAUGCAAAACAAACAAUGAUUCAAAAAUUUUUACUAGGCUCAAUAUAGUGAGAAAUAGCAUUUUUACUUAUAGUUUUAUUUUGAUUGUAGAAAACCAUCAGAACCAGUAGAUAGAGAUAUGUCAAUAUAGAGUUAGUUGAGCUUCUUAAGGCGGAUCUUUUGGCGAAAGAACGAAAAUUUUAUCAUUUGUCAAUACAGAGAUAUUUGCAAAACAAACCAUGUUGCAAUCAUUUUGACACUCCCCGUACAUAUGUUGUCUCACGAACUUUAUUUUCUUUCUUUUGAAAGCGCUACCAUGAAGAUAUAUGUUCAAAGACCCACUGGGAUUGGGCGACUUUAUAAUUUUGAUGUAGAGCCCACUACUACUAUUAAACAACUAAAGCAAUGUAUUUGUGAAAAGGAUUGUUACAAUGAACAAAAUGUUCAAGAGUCAUAUUUCACUUUUGAUGGAGAUAUAUUAGAUCGAGAUGAACGUACGCUGAUGUCUUAUGGUGUUGAAGACAACUCUCUCUUAGAAUUAGUUGACCCCAAUAUGAAAUUUCGUAGCUGCAAUAAUACUGGAAACAGAUUUGUCGAUGUUUGUAGUACUAAAGGCUUAAAACAAGCUGAAUGGUCGAGAAUAGCUCCACGAUGGCGACGAGCUGGACAUGGUCUGUGUUUUGAAGGUCAAUGCCUAAAUAAGGAAUGUGAAGCUUAUCGUCACACAGUUAUCAUGCCCAUUGGUUACCAGAAAUUCGAUAUAUUGAUUGAUACAGAUCAAGAAACAACCAUAUGUCCCUUAUGUAAAUACUAUGUUGAGCCGGUAGCAUGCGGCUUUAGUAAUUGUUGGUGGAGAUACGAGGGUAUAAAAAUCUGCAACAGUGGCCCGCCAAAGCGAUGUUCAAGUGAUUGGAAGCAUGCUGAUGAUGCAUAUCAUCGUUUCGAUGAAAAUCCAAGUGAACACGUGACAUGGAGGAAGCUAAUAUUUGAAGUGGUUAAGAAAAGACCAAAUUUAGAACCGAUGGAACUACCGACAACACUCUCUCGACCAUCACCAGGUUAG